CAAACUGUGCUCCAAAUGCCAACUGUAGCCAAAGUGUUCACGAUGAAUGUUGAGAUUUUUUACGAUUUUGAGUUGCAAUAAUUUUAUUUUAAAUUCUUCAGAUAGUCGUUUGCCAAGCGAUGAUUAAUUAAAGCAUUUUAAACCUGGCUGUCCGAUGUUGUUGCGAUGAAAGAGCUUGACGAAGCUGGAAAACUCUUCAUCGGCAACAGGGAAGAUGCAUUCUCGUGUUUGACAGAGGAUUCGGACAUCACACAUAUCCUGACCAUCGAAAGUGAGCCACUAUCUGACACGGAGAUGUUCGACAAAGGACGGGGUUUUGAAAUCGCACUAAAACAUAUUGAAUGCCUUGAUCAACUUUCUGCUGACUUGCUUGUUCAUUUUGACGAUUGUAUCAAAUUUAUUAACAGUGGAAUAGCCAGUGGCAAAGUUCUCGUGCAUUGUUCGGCAGGAAUAUCCAGAAGUUCAACUGUGAUUUUGGCAUACAUGAUGUACAGUCGGAAAAUGCAAUUGGAUCAGGCAUUGUUGGAACUCACAUCAGUAUACCCGAAAGCAAAUCCAAAUCCUGGCUUCAUGUUUCAGCUACAUUUGUUCCAAGCAAUGGGGAACAAAUUGGAUCAAUCAAACUCGUUGUACAAACAGUAUCAACUUCAAGCUAUUGCUAAAAAAGUGCAAGGAAAUGGAUGUCAAGAAAUUCCAUUUGGUAUGUUUGAGCCAAGAGAUGAAACCGUCGAUUUCAAAGAAAAAAAAUACAAGUGCAGAAAAUGCAGACAAACGUUAUUUACGCAAAAAAAUCGACUCGAUCAUGUUCCAGUUGACGGCAAUAAUUCUUUGUCCUGGAAGAAUCGUUUUUUCACACCGAAAACCCAAGUCACCCACAUUGGUAGAUGUACAUCUUAUUUUGUCGAACCGUUAACAUGGAUGAAGGCAUUGCUUGUCGGUAAUGUCGAAGGAAAGCUUUGUUGUCCGAAAUGCUCUUGUCGAAUUGGAUCGUUUAACUGGGCAGGUGAAAAGUGCUCAUGUGGUCUUUGGGUGACGCCUGCUUUUCAAAUUCAUAAAAGCAAGAUAGAUGAAAGCUAGCCGAGUGAAAUUUUUAUUAAUCCACUGCAUGCAACUGUCUUUUCAGGUACUUUCUGCUUCGGUUGCAAACGUAUCCGUACUCUCAGCGUGCGGCCACAGGUCUCAAUGAUUAAUACAUCGAGAGCCGAUGUACAGUUAUUAAUUUGCCAUAAUAUUGAAGAAUUUAUUUAUUUAUUUAUUUUUUCAGCGAAUAUUUUCACAGGAGAGUCACUUCAGAUAUUUGUAAAAUAUUAAAAAUCUGUUAUCAAUGUGAGUCUUGCUGAAUAAAAAAUUUUCUAACUAAAUAAUUUAAAUAUACAAGUAUUAUAAUCAUUUCGAUGAUUCAA